CUUGUACAUCUCUAACUACCAAACUUCAAUGUCAACCACACUAAAAAUUAAGAAAACGUCGCUUGAUGUUUCCUUUGAAAAAUCCAGUAAAUGACAUGAGACGACUGCUGUUUGUGUGUGACAGCACAAUAACUUUGGUGCUAAUUACUGCCGUGACAAGCCUCCACAGUUGUUUCAUCUGUACGACAGCUGUGUGAGGGCUCCAACAGGGCCAACCUGAAUUCUUCCCAGAUGGGGUGGCCGGCUAUAUUUAGAGAGUCACGGUUAUAUUAAAGUGGCCUCAGACCUGGCUGUCUGUAGUUCACCGUCUUCAGGAAACGGGACAAUCCAGCAUCAAUUGCUCUUCUUCCAUCUACUUCCUGUCCUGAGAGGAUGGAUGCCCAAGGCCUGAAAGAAGAUCUCCGUCUGUUUCAGAGCACUCUGCUUCAGGAUGGACUCAAGGAGCUUCUGAAUGAGAACAAGUUAAUUGACUGCGUCCUAAAAGUUGGAGACAGAAGUAUACCCUGCCAUCGGCUCAUUCUGGCGGCAUGCAGUCCGUCUUUCAGAGAGCUCUUCUUCUCAGAGAAUGGGAUGGAGGUGGACAAAAAGGAGGUUGUUCUAGACAACCUAGACCCCAACAUUAUGGAGGUGAUUGUGAGUUAUCUGUACUCUGCUGAGAUUGACAUCAAUGAGAACAAUGUUCAGGAUAUUCUGGGAGUUGCCAAUCGCUUCCAGAUCCCUUCAGUGUUCACAGUUUGUGUGAACUACCUCCAGAAGAUGGUGACUAAGAAGAGCUGCCUGGCUAUCUACAGGCUGGGACUGAUGCUGAACUGUGCCAGGCUAGCAAUGGCAGCUAGGGAUUACAUCGCAGAUCGCUUUGAGGCCGUCGCAAAGGACGAUGAUUUUUUGGAACUUGCUCCGCCCGAACUCUUUGCAAUCAUCGGAGCCGAUGCGUUAAAUGUCGAAAAAGAAGAAGUGGUGUUUGAGGCUCUCAUGAGGUGGAUUCGAAAGGACAAAGAAAAGCGCGCACAAUCCUUAGGAGAGGCUUUUGAUUACAUUCGCUUCCGUCUUCUUCCGGAGAAAUACUUCAAGGAAAAAGUGGAGAAAGAUGAGCUUGUCAAGGCUAAUCCUGAGCUUCUCAAAAAGAUCAAGGAUGCCUUCGCUGGGAAGCUGCCUGAGAAAAUAAAGGGACAAAGUGAUGCUGAGGGAGAGGAAGGGAAGCUGCCAGGUUACCUGAACGACAACCGCAGAUAUGGCAUGUACGCCAAAGACAUGAUUCUCAUGAUUAACGACACUGCUGCUGUGGCUUACGACGGCCAGGAGAACGAGUGCUUCCUUGCAGCAAUGGCUGAGCAAAUCCCCCGAAACCACGUCAGCCUCACAUCAAAGAAUAACCUCUAUGUGUUGGGAGGACUGUUUGUAGAUGAAGAGGAUAAAGAAAAUCCCCUACAGUGUUACUUCUACCAGUUGGACAGUCUUGCUGCAGAAUGGACAGCUCUGCCGCCAAUGCCUUCACCCAGGUGUCUGUUUGGUUUGGGUGAAUUUGAAAACCUCAUCUUUGCUGUUGCAGGGAAAGACUUGGAGUCCAACGAGUCUCACGAUACCGUUUUGUGCUACGACACCGCAAAGAUGAAAUGGAUAGAAACUAAAAAGCUGCCCAUAAAAGUCCACGGCCACUGUGUGGUGUCUGAGAACGGCCUGGUGUACUGCAUCGGAGGAAAAACCAACGACAAUAAGGCAACCAAUAAGAUGUUUGCAUACAACCACAAGAGGUCAGAGUGGAAGGAGGUUGCUUCGAUGAAGGUACCCAGAUCCAUGUUUGGAGCAGUUAUCCAUAAAGGGAAGAUUAUUGUUGCAGGAGGAGCCAACGAAGAUGGCCUGACUGCUGUAUGUGAAGCUUAUGACUUUGGGACCAACAAGUGGUCUCUUUUUACAGAGUUUCCCCAGGAGAGGAGCUCAAUGAACCUGGUCAGCUGUGGUGGGCUCCUGUACGCUGUAGGAGGCUUCACCAUGGUAGAGAACGACAAUAAAGAGUGUGCACCCACCGAAAACACAGACAUUUGGCAGUAUGAAGAAAACGCCAAACAGUGGACCGGCAUGAUCAGAGAGAUGCGUUAUGCAGCAGGUGCCUCCUGUGUCUCCAUGCACCUAAAUCCAGCUAAAAUGCCCAAACUUUAACAAGGAAUGUAGGCUAUGGGUUGCUGUUUGAAAAAAGUUAAAUAGUCAAAAAUGUACAGUGUUUUGGGUUAUUUAGCCUGUCACAAGAAAAACAAAAUAAAAUAUUUUAUUCGUAAACUAAA